CCCCCCCCCAAUUAUCCUGGCAUCGAUCCCAACCAAAACAUUGAUAGACAUUUUCUUCAAUCCUACAAGGCAUCCGAUAAAUUUUGCGCAAUCCUAAUGGCGCUUGAAGGACUCCGGUUUUUGGCCACCCAAAAUCCGAUUGGACUUGGCUUUGCAGCAUUUAAACAGCAACUACCAGCCUCAAGCGUGGAUCAAGCAUCUCCUACGCUCGUAAUGAAUCACAGAACACGAUUUCGGCGGUUUGCAAAGCCACUUGCUGAGGUCGUUCUCAGCGGUAAUGCGGUCGACAAGACUUUCAUCAAAAGGUCAUUCAAGAGGAAUCCCAACCUAAAUUUGGUGAUCAAGAUUGGUGGAUCAUCGUUCAUUCGGCUGUCCUAAGAUUGGUGGGUCAUCCUUCAUUCGGCCGUCCUCAGAUAAGACUGAGAGGAGAUGAGAGCGAAUCGAGCCAGUCGGGUUCGGUGAUGGGACGAACGGGCCCAAUGAGGUGAGGUGGGCCGCCACUGAAAAUCUAAAUCUGCCGACGGCAGUAGAAGCAAGACUGGUCUCAAGUAUGACACACACCAAAUACACCAAGGUAAUCAAUCGGUGUUGUUCUUGAACUCUUUCCAUUCAUCUGCAUUGUUU